AUCCAGUUCGUUCAGUGCGACAUUGCUGUUGGGCCACGGUUUCAUGGGCAAUGGCAAGUCAUUGCUGCGAUCCAUGUGUCUUCUUUGCCUCGAAGAGAGGUUGUCAAAGCGGAGAUCGGUGCAACUUCUGCCACGUCCAUCGUUUCACGAAGCUUACGACGACGAGACAAAGGCGCGGCCCAAGAAGGACCGGCGGCAGCGAAUCGAGCGGCGCAUCUUCGAGCUGAUGGCCACUACGGACAGCAUGGAGAAACUGAUUGAAGGCUUACAGGAAGAAGCCCGCCGACAUCCGUACGAGCGAUUCGUGAUCAAAGGAGUCCUAGACCGGUGCCGACCAGUUCAAACAGUUUCAGGCGGAGUGGCUCUUCGCCUUUGAGAUCUGUUGUGAAAGGCGUAGUUUCAUGGACCAUGUCCGGUGCGGCAUGGAGUUCCUCAUGUCACAACCCCGGGGGUCCGAAAAAACAGGGAUGAU